AUGGCGGUACGGAAGAAAGACGGAGGCCCGAACGUAAAAUAUUUCGAAGCUUCUGACACUGUCUCGCAGUUCGACAAUGUCCGUGUCUGGUUGGGAAAGAAUUAUAAAAAGUACAUCCAGGCGGAGCCUCCUACCAAUAAGUCUCUGUCCAGCCUGGUGGUCCAGCUCCUGCAGUUCCAGGAGGAGGUGUUCGGCCGCCAUGUCAGCAAUCCCCCACUCACCAAGUUACCGAUAAAGACCUUUCUUGACUUUAAGCCCGGUGGAGCCCUGUGUCACAUAUUGGCUGCUGCCUACAAGUUCAAGAGCGACCAAGGAUGGCGCAGGUUUGACUUCCAGAACCCUUCUAGAAUGGACCGGAACGUGGAGAUGUUCAUGACCAUUGAGAAAUCAUUGGUGCAGAAUAAUUGUCUUUCACGACCUGUCAUCUACCUAAGUUCAGAGAUUGAGCCAAAAUUGUUGGUAAAACUGAAGGACAUCAUCAAAAGGCAUCAGGGAUCUUUGACUGAAGAUAAGACGUCCAGUUCUCAUGUGGUGGUUCCAAUACCACCCAGUUUGGAAGAGGAGGAGUGGGUUCGACCAGUGAUGAAGAGAGACAAACAGGUGUUGCUCCACUGGGGAUACUGGCCAGACAGCUAUGACACAUGGAUCCCAGCCAAUGAGAUAGAAGCUGCUGUGGAAGACGCACCCACCCCAGAGAAACCCAGGAAGGUUCAUGCCAAGUGGAUCCUGGACCUGGACCAGUAUAACGAGUGGAUGACAGAGGAAGACUACGAGGUUGGAGAAGGGGGAACCAAGAGGAAGAGGAUCUCGGCCAAGACGCUGACGGACGAGGUGUCCACCCCUGACGACCGCAGGGACAAGAAGGCGGGAAAUGCCAAGAAGAGGAAACGCUCACGCUCCCCCUCCCCUGCACCGGCCUCUCAGGAGAGCAAGAAGAAAAACACCAAGAAAGGACCCACGACCCCGUACACCAAGUCGAAGCGAGGUCAGAGGGAGGAGGAGCAGGAUGAGGGCAGCAAGGAGGCUGAUGAGCCCUCACCCACCCCUCCCACUGAGGACAGCGCUGCUCCUAAGACAGAUGAACAAGAAGAUGAAUCCAUGGAAACAGUAGGCAAGGAGGAAGAGGAGGGUUCCCCCAGUGUUAAAGGAGAGCCAGUGAAAGGCUCGGACCUGCAUGAGGACAAUGUCACAGAGCAAACUCACCACAUCAUCAUUCCCAGCUACGCAGCCUGGUUUGACUACAAUAGUGUUCAUGCCAUAGAGCGUAGAGCUCUCCCGGAAUUUUUUAAUGGCAAAAACAAAUCCAAGACUCCUGAAAUUUACCUGGCAUAUCGUAACUUCAUGAUAGACACAUAUCGACUGAACCCCCAGGAGUAUUUGACCUCUACUGCGUGCCGUAGGAAUCUGGCUGGAGAUGUGUGCGCCAUCAUGAGGGUCCAUGCCUUUCUGGAGCAGUGGGGUCUGAUUAACUACCAGGUGGACUCUGAGAGCAGGCCUACCCCCAUGGGUCCCCCUCCCACCUCCCACUUCCAGGUGCUGGCUGACACCCCAUCCAGCCUGAUACCACUGCAGCCCAAGACGACACAGUCUGCCACCACCCAGCAGCUGUUGUCCUUCCCAGAGAAGGUGAAGGACAAGCCCGCUGAUUUGCAGAACUUUGGCCUGAGGACCGACAUCUACAAGAAGACUGGCCCCAAUAAAAAUAAGAAUCCAGCAAGUGCCACACGAGAUUGGACAGAGCAGGAAACACUGCUACUCCUGGAGGGACUGGAGAUGUACAAGGACGACUGGAACAAGGUGUCGGAGCACGUGGGCAGCCGCACGCAGGACGAGUGCAUCCUGCACUUCCUGCGUCUGCCCAUUGAGGACCCGUACCUGGAGGAGGGCGCCCCCUUGGGGCCGCUGGCCUACCAGCCCGUGCCCUUCAGCCAAUCAGGAAACCCUGUUAUGAGCACCGUCGCCUUCCUCGCCUCCGUGGUGGACCCGCGGGUGGCCUCGGCCGCCGCCAAGUCAGCACUCGAGGAGUUCUCCCGCAUGAAGGAGGAGGUGCCGGCGGCUCUGGUGGAGGCCCACGUGCGCAGGGUGGAGGAGGCGGCACGGAGCAGCGGCCGACCCGACCCGCUCUACGGCUUGGAGGGCAGUGGCAUCGCCGGCACGGGCCUAGAGGACGCCGACAAACCAGCAGAGGAGACCAGUGAGGAGAGUAAAGGGGAAAGCCAGCCCAGUGAAGACAAGAAGGAAAACAAGGAGAGUAAGGAAGAGAUGGUGGAAGAGGAGGAGAAAGGAGACAGUGCCAAAAAAGAGGAGGAGAGAGCGAGGGAUGGAGAGGCCGAGAGAGAGACGGAGAAACCAGACUCAGAAAUGGGUGAAGGUGACAAAGAGCGAGAGAAUAAGAACCUGCUGGACGAGGGCCAAAAGGACGGAGAGAGCGAUGGAGAGAGGAAAGCGAAAGUGGAGAGAGACGUGGGGGAGGGCAACCUGGCCACCGCUGCUGCUUCUGCCCUGGCGGCUGCUGCUGUCAAGGCCAAGCACCUGGCGGCUGUAGAGGAGCGCAAGAUCAAGUCUCUGGUGGCCCUGCUGGUGGAGACGCAGAUGAAGAAGCUGGAGAUCAAGCUGAGGCACUUUGAGGAGCUGGAGACCAUCAUGGACCGCGAGAGAGAGGCGCUGGAGUACCAGCGUCAGCAGCUGCUGGCUGACCGUCAGUCCUUCCACAUGGAGCAGCUGAAGUAUGCGGAGAUGCGAGCGCGCCAGCAACACUUCCAGCAGCUGCAGAGCCAGCAGCACAGCGCCACCCCCGUUGCUAGCAACAACCCCCCUGCCCCGCCGCAGCCCACGGCCAGCACGCCCGCGCCCCCGCCGCCCCCCGUGCCCAGCCCGGCGCCCCCCUCCGCCUCCAACGCGCCCAGCGAAGCCCCGACCCCCGGGCCCCCGCAAGCACACGCCCACGCUGUCACAAGCAGCACUCCAGCAGCCGCCGCUAUGCACGAGUCCUCCACUCCAGCUGAGCCUGUCCACCCAGCUACUCCCGUGCCUGCUCCACAGUAGGAGGAAGAAAGAUGAGAGGAAGAGAUGGAGAAGUAAAAGAGACGGAAGAAGACCCACAAAAACCCAAGAUGCAGUAUUUGGAAUGAUUUGGGAUUACCUGUUACCUGGAACAUACAUAUAUUUACACAUAUACACACACACACAGAGAACAUUUACACAUACACAUACACACACACACACACAAAAUACUUUUUUCACUCACUUGUGCCCCAAGUAAAGCUCCAAAAAUGUCUCCAGGUCACAUGAACAUACCUACCAAGACACUCGCAAAGACUUAAUCUUGAUCUGAUCAGACUUAAAAUAAUCUCCAAGCCCCCCACUUAGACCUGCUUAGGUAAUGUGUUGCAAAUCCCGUCAAACAACGAAACAGAAAGAAAAGAAUGUUCACAUGUGGGCCUGGUGCUGUUGAGAGCUUCUUAGGUGUAGUACCACCAGGCCAAGCCCCAAACAACCGUGACAAGCAGACAAUCAGUGGAGGUGAAUGACAUCCAACCUCUCACUACAACAGCCAGAACAGAGAGGGAAAGACCCUCACCUACCUACCAGUCAUUCAGUGUAAACUACCACCCUUCAGCAUGUAAAUAUCGAUCUUUACCUUUUGUGCGUGUGUGUGUGUAUUUUAAACUCGACACGCAAAUUGUCCUGUCAUAGUAGAGAUCUGUUUGUUCUUUUACCAGUGUUAGCCUACCAGUAUAUGCUAUAACCACAGCUGGUCUCACAUUCACCUCCAGAUGAAGAUAAACAUCCACCUGUGCUAUCCCAUCAUUCCAUUGAUGAUGCUGACCAGAGCAUCUUGGGACUUGUAGUACAACUUGGAUGCUUGGAGACCCCAAUCCCAAAGUAUUGCUAAGGAGAUCUUUUCUCAUACCAGGAGUAUCUUAAGAAGAAUGAAGGAAAAAGAAAAACAAAAGAAGAACCAAAUUUGCACUUUGAAUUCAAUUCAAUGAAGUUUUAUUUAUUGAUGAAGCGCCUUUGAAAACGAGCGCAGCACAGAAGCCAAGGCCUACCUGCCUACACAGCAGCCCCCAGACACCUGGAAGAUGAACGGUUUACAAACUAAAAAAGCAUUAAGGUAUGUGUGUGUGUGUGUGCGUGUGUAUGUUUGUGUGUGUGUGUGUGUGUGUGUGUGUGUGUGUGUGCCUCUUCAGUAACAUGAUUCCAGUGAAGCACUUAAUCAUCCCUCCUGCCUGAGAUUGAUUAAUUAAGUAUUUGUAGAGGAACUCUCACUACUUGGUUGGCUCUCAUCUGAUUAUGUCCGGACGAGUAACCAAACAUCACAGCAAGCCUCCCCCAGAAAUAAAGUCAGCACUUAAUUGACUCAAAUGAUGGCUUUAAUAAAACUCACUUGUAAAGAUGAGGUUAAGCAGAAGAGGUAUCUUAUUAUGUCCUCGGUUGAAAUGAGAAUGACAGGUACAGUUUGUGUAUUAUUUUGUGUUUACAUUUACAGGUCAAACCACCUGAAACUUUACUAACCGAAGGACUCUUGUUCAUGUGUGAAUAAUCAUUAUGUUACUCAUGUUCUUUCUGUAUGUGUACGUGCGUAUGUAUUUAAUAAUGUGACUUGUGAAAAAGGGAAGUCUAUCACAGUAUAGAACUGUGUGUGAGUGUGUGUGUGUAUCCUCAGUAACUGUCAGUUAAAGAAUGGUCAGUUAUCAACACAUAGUGUGGGAAAGGAAUGAGAAUGAGUGUGUGAGUGAGUGUGUGUGCAUGCUAUGGAGAAAUUUCUUAUAUUCAUUUCAUUUACUGUAUUAACAUUGGUCUGGUGCCAUUCAUCGGUUCAAAAAAGCAGAAAUAGUAGGGAUUGCUUUUUCAAAGACACACACACGCACACUCCAACACACUACACACAUGCACACUCCAACACACUACACACACACAAACACACACAUACUGUACACACACACACACACACAGUCCCCAUGAUGGUAUUGGUGUUUAUUCCACCCUUUUCAGUGGGAUAGAUCAUGGAGUUAUCAUGUUACAUAGCUAAGGUGGCCAACAUGCUGAGCUGGAAAUGUAGGCGAUGUGCAGAAAGGCCAUUGUGCAAAUUAAUUGAAACAAGUUUUUUAGCCAUCUGAGAAUGGAGUAAGAUCUGAUCUGAUCUUUAAAUCCCUAUUAGUGUCAUUUGUCUUGUGAAGGUCAUUCUUACUGUUCAGCAGUAAAUAUUCUUAUGUUUUGCUGUUGCUGUUUACCUUUUUUUUGAGUUCUGGAGAAAUGGGCCGUUUCCAUGUUUUGUUUCAAUUAAUUUGCACCGAGGCACAUGUGAUUGGACAGCGUGUUGCAGUAUCACCAGAGCUGUUGACCAGACUCAGCUAGCCGAGGCAAGCAGGAAGGAGCACCUUAAAGGCCACGCACCCUGGCCAGAGUGGUCAGAUAUCAGGUGUGUCCGCACUCAAUCCGCAUCCGACACCCGAUAUCUCAGACAACUUUUAGAGGUGGUCUUGGCCAUGCAUGUACACAUUCUUUCAGCAGUGCACAUGAAUAUGUCCAAGGCCACCUCAGUGCCUCCUGGCUCAGUGAGGGCAUCAGUGUAGCGUUUGUGAGUUUGCCAGACAACCAGACUGAAGGGGAAAGAAUGCAAACUUCCUGAAAUGGGGACACAGGGUUGGGUGUUACUACUCUGCUGCUCCAUUAUGGGUGGGGGGGGUGGGGGAUAUCCUAGUGGUCCUGUUUUGUGGAACACACCUACGCGCUCUACAUGACUUUUUCUUGUUAUUUGUAAGAUUUGAUUUAGUAGGCUGUUUUUAGUGAUGAAUCAGUGUUUCUGUUAUUGUCCUUUGUUUGUCCAUUUUAUAAUGCCAUUACAAUGAUACUGAUGCAGUUCAAUGCAUGUUCAUUCUUGAACAUUACGUUUAUGUACAAACAUCUGAUUGAGCUGAAAAAAAAACCUGAAUAAAAUGCUGUCAGUACCAGAAAUGA